CAUUAAGACGGGCGCAAUGCCCAAUUCUUUGUGUCCCGAAUCUCAAAUCUGGGUCCCGCCGGGGAACUCCAUUGCUGCAGAUGGGUGCACAUUCGGCGAUCCUCUCUGCCUCCAUUUCCGACUCCAAACCUCAACCUCUUCUCCACCGGAGUAUCACAACCCGUAAAUGUGAUGCCCCAGGUUUCAUGUUCCAGUUCAAGCAGUCUAGAACUGCAUCUUCUAUUGCAUCCAUCUGACUUCAGUCCAGUGGGAGGCUUGAUAUGAUGAAGGCCUUGAAGCUCUUGCUCUUGCAGGUAAAGUGAAUUUCGACCUUGUUAUGCUGAGUUUAGAAAGAUAAUGUUUUGUGGUUUGCUUCUCUUUCAUUUAUUUGCCCAGGUUGCUAG